AAGUAUAGUUAUAGUAAAGAUAAUAUAUGCGUUCGGUGCGACAUCUUGUUUAUUUUACUACAUCUUGUGUAGUAGUGAGUUUAGAAGUGAUUUUAAUGAGUGUCGGAAUCUUCAUUUAAUUGACGAUAUUUUUAAAUUGAAAAAAAAGUUUUAAAUAGCCGAUGACAAAAUUUAUUUCAAUUUCCAAUGGAGAAUAUAAACAAAGUGCAACUGUUAGAAUGGAAAAGACCAGACGAAGUAAUGCAGUUGCAUCGUCUAAAAAUGAAAAAACGUGCACUUCAAGCACGUAUAAAUAAUACACGCAUUAACAGAGAAAAUUCAAAAUUAGGAUCUACUCAAAAAACAAUUGAAAAUAAACAAAAUAUUGAAUCUAACGAAUGUGUAGGUCAAAAGAGAAAAAAUCCUUUUGCUAAGGAUGAAAUAAAAAAUAAAAAAUUGAAUGUAACAUCUCCAGAAUUGGAAACUAGUAAUGAUAAUACAUUAUUUGAAUUAUUAAAACUUAAAACUCCUAAAAAAAAUAAAAUUGAGAAUUUAAUGCUUGAUUGUCCAUUAACAUUCAGUAAUGCAUUUCUACAAUUGGAAACAAAUAAGAAUAUUCUGGAUUCAGAAAUUCCAAAAGGAGAAAAAUAUAUUCCAAUGGAUUGGACUUUAAAAACUAAAAUGAGAUUUAUGUCCCCAAAACCAUUUCCAUGGAAUUGUAAAUUGAAAACUAGCGAAGAAGCAUCGGGUACUACUGGUUUUGUAAGAUGUUUGGAUAUUAGUGAACAAGAUUCAACUUUAGAUACUAGUCCAAAUGCAAGAUUGCACAGAUGUUGUUUAAUAUGGCAACAUCCUUCAUUACCAUGGUUAGAAUUAUUUCCUCGCUCUGCUGGCAAAGUGAGUGCAAAUUUAACAAGUAAUACAACAAUAGUAAACAAUAUAGCCAUCAAAGAAGCUUUAUAUAAAGAAUGGAGUGAAAGUUUUAGAUCUCUUUUUCAUUUAUUAAGAGCACGGCAAUGUCCAUAUUUUUAUGUGUGUGCAAACAAUUUUACUGUAUUAUUCCGUGCUGCUGGAAUAUGUGGAAUUUCUGAAGCUCAUGCACUUUUGACACCUACAACACGUGGUUUUAGAGAAUCUCUGAAACAAGAAGAAAUUGAAUAUACAAUGCCUUUGAAAAAAGAUUCUAAACGACGAUCAGAUACAAUUGAUUCAGGAUGUGACACUGUGGAUUCAACAUUAUCAAAUACAUCAAACUUUACUGAGAAUGAAAAUCCUGAUGAUGAAGAAGAUCAAACACAAGAUGAAUGGUUGGAAAGUUUAGGAGUUGAAAAUUCUGAAAUUCGUAAAAUUAAUAAUUCUCAGGCAAGAAUAACAUUAGAAAAACAAACUGAAAUAGAUAAUAUGAAACAAUCUCUUAUUUUUGUAAAAGGUGUUGAUGCACAAGCUUUAUUUAAUUUUUUAAUUAAUUGUAAAUCUGCCAUUACAACAAGUGGUCCUUUGGCAGGUGUGCCUCCAACUCUUCUCUCACCAGUAGCUUUUCAUGGUGCAACUUUAAAACCAAUUAAGGUUAAAGAAAGUACAGUUCGUGUUGACAAAGAAAGAUAUUUUUCUUUGGAAUUAAAAGGACCACUUUUGCCUCAUGUGUUGCCUUCUCUUUGUUUUUUAAUGAAAUCUAGCCAGCUAGAACAAUAUUCUGCCAGUUGUGCACAGUUAGGUUCGACAACUUCAUUUUCAGCAAUGAAACAGAAAUUUGAACAAACGGAAUCCAAAAAUGUACCAAUUCCAGAAUAUGUUUUUGGCAAAGAAAAUUUGAGCGAUUGUGGAUUUAAUAGUGAAUUAUUAAAACAUUUUUGUAGUCCUGAUCCAGCCUAUGUUCAAAUUAUAGAAAAUAUUAAAUUUUCAAAUAAUUUGUAUACAUGGUCUUGACAAAUAAUUGUUAAUGUUAAAAGCAGAGCUUAAUCAGUUAUGCUUAAAUUUUAAUUUAAGAAAAAGAAAUAUUUUGUAUUUUUACUUUUGUAAAUAAUUUUAAAUGUUAUGAUAAUAUAAUUUAUUUUCAAAUUAAUUAUUAAUUAAUAAUAUUAAUUCAAAUGAAAAUAAUUAAUUGAUUUUAAGAUUAAAAAUUAAUAUUAAUUUUAACAUAUUUAUAUAACGAAUUAAUAAAAAUU